UCUCUCUGUCACACUGUGGGGUCUCUCUCCAUGUCUUGUCUUAUCACCCUUUCCUCUCUCUCUCUCUCUCUCUCUCUGGUCCAUUUUACUUCACUUCUCUGUCUUUACUCCUCCAAGCCUCUAACACAGCACUACACUACACAACACAACACAACCCUUCUCUCUCUUCAUCGCUCUCUGCACCUUGGUUUUCACUUUCUCUCUGCUUUAAGAACCCACCACUGCUUCAACUUGUGCCGUUGUUUCAUGGACCAGACCUCAUAGCUUAUCUCUCAUUAGUCAGUCACACCGACCCCCACCUUUCCCCCUACAACUUUGUUCUUAACUGGUACUGUGAUGAAUUUGGUAGAGACAUCAUGAAGAUUUCAAGUUCCAAGCAACUUGCUGUGGGAUUUGCUCUUGGAAAUGAAGGAUAGGCAACGUUGGAGAGCUGAAGAGGAUGCUUUACUACGCGCAUACGUCAAGCAGUAUGGUCCUAGAGAAUGGAAUCUCGUGUCUCAGCGUAUGAACACACCUCUCAAUAGGGAUGCAAAAUCAUGCUUAGAGAGGUGGAAGAACUACCUGAAGCCAGGCAUUAAGAAAGGAUCUCUUACAGAGGAAGAGCAGCGUCUUGUGAUCAACCUUCAAGCAACACACGGAAACAAGUGGAAGAAAAUUGCAGCACAAGUUCCAGGUCGCACUGCCAAGAGGUUAGGAAAGUGGUGGGAAGUGUUCAAAGAGAAGCAGCAAAGAGAAACAAAGGGGAAUAACUGCACCAUUGACCCGAUUAACGAUAGCAAUUACGAGCAUAUACUUGAGAGUUUUGCUGAGAAACUAGUGAAAGAAAGACCUUCACCAUCAUUUGUUAUGGCUACUUCUAACAGUUCUUUUCUGCACACUGAUCAACCUGCGCCUGCACAGGCCUUGCUUCCAUCUUGGCUUUCAAACUCCAAUGGAACUGCACCUGUGAGGCCACCCUCCCCUUCUGUGACUCUCAGUCUGUCUCCUUCGGCGGCACCACCUCCGUGGAUGCAACCGGUGAGAGGACCAGACAAUGGUGGUCCUCUUGUUUUGGGGAAUGUGGCUCCUCAUGGAGGUGUUCUAGCAUUUGGUGAAAACAUGGUGAUGUCUGAGCUGGUGGAGUGCUGCAAAGAGUUGGAAGAAGUGCAUCAUGCUUUGGCAGCUCAGAAGAAGGAGGCGGCGUGGCGGUUGAGCAGGGUGGAGCUGCAGCUGGAGUCGGAGAAGGCUGGGCGAAGAAGGGAGAAGAUGGAGGAAGUUGAAGCAAAGAUCAAAGCUUUGAGGGAGGAACAAACAGCUGCAUUGGAUAGAAUUGAAGCAGAAUACAGGGAGCAGUUAGCAGGAUUGAGAAGAGAUGCAGAAAGCAAGGAGCAGAAGUUGGCUGAACAAUGGGCUGCAAAACACAUGCGUCUCACCAAAUUUCUAGAACAGGUAGGAUGCAGAUCAAGGCUCUCUGAACCAAAUGGAAGAUAGAGUGACAUCAUUCACAUCUGGGAAAAUUUCUAGUUUACUCUUACUAUUAUUUAUGUCUUCAAUUAAUAUGAACUUUAUAGUCAUAGUAGUUUUGUUCCUGUCAUUAUUCUAAAAUUUCUUCUUACACAUGGCUAUUAACAUCCCUAUCUUUUCAUACAACUUCCGAACUUGAAUUAGCUACUCAUGUAUGUUUACAAUCACUUUAUGAGUAUUCACUUUCUUAUCAUUCCA